AUGUCUUUCCCCUACCAUUCGCCUUUGUUCUCUAACCCCUCCGAUCGCCGUAACUACGACCCGCUACGGUGGCAAGCGCUUCAAACUUUAUGUGAAUCGACUAAUCAUGUCGUCGAUGACUUCGCGUUCAACAACCUCAUACAAUGCGACACCAUCAACCCUGUACUUCUUCGAAACUACAGCUACCCGGAAGCUUACCAUUGGACUGUCAACACCGCGCAAAAUGUAUCCACUAUAGCUCUAUUCGACUUUCCUGCAAUGAUGGUUCCUCUCGGGGAGCAUAGCUCGUUGUCAACAUACUUCGACUUCGACUUCGACCCUCAGAAAUGGGAUCUGGAUCACGUUCUCAGCAGACGAGCUAUUGUCGAAUGUGGAUUACUGGAGCAAGACGAAUAUGCUCCCUUUCCUUACAUCGCUAAAAAGAGGUCCGCCGAUAUGAUGGCGUUAUUGCGGAAGGUGUACCAAACUACCGAGAUGAUCCCCGCCAAUUCUGAAACUAUCGCAGUUCCCUUCUGGCGUUCGUAUAUCAAUGGUCCAGAUGUUUUCCGACUUGAAAGCAAUCCCAUGUUUGAGGUUCGACAACAUGCAUCCCCUUCGCCACUAUUAACAGUUUCCGAACGUCAUCUUCGCCACUUAACCGACAAAUGCGAUCUCUAUCGAUCAAUUCGCAAUCUCAACGUCGUAUUCACGCCCCCUGAAGUCUUUUAUUCCAAUGGUUCUUUCCUCCAUCCGAACGACUUCCUCACCGUCUUAAAGCCUAAAACAGUUGUCUGGAUUUCAAGCGCUCUCUGCCGCGUUCAAAACACCGACGGCAUCGAUCAUUAUAAACAUCGUCUGCUUAAACUACAUGUCGUACCUUCCAACCAGGUUUCCACUUGA